AGAAAAUAUUCGUUCAUCGAGGCUUUUUGUUGUUUUUUGGUUUUCUUGCUUCUUAUCAGACGCUCUCUCGGGCCUGGGCUCUCGUUUCUCUUCUAAUUCGAAAGGAAAGUCUGAAGUGGCUAAGAGACAGAAACAUCGAGUGGGUAAGACGACGACGACGACGAUAAUUCUACGAACAUGUUCUACAGAGGUAAAUUCGGUGAUGGUGGUGAUGGCCGUGACAUGGGUGCAAAGCGUCAGCGGCUAGGUGACCCGGGAUCUUCAUUCUAUGGGACCUCCCCUGGCUCAAGUUAUAUGUACAAUCCAACUCCUUAUGCAUAUGCUGGACAACCUCCACCGUUCCCUGUUGUCAAACUUCGUGGUCUACCAUUUGAUUGCACAGAAGCUGAUGUUGCUGAGUUUCUCCAUGGGCUUGACAUCGUUGAUGUUCUUUUUGUCCACAAGAAUGGCAAGUUCACUGGGGAAGCCUUUUGUGUUUUGGGGUAUCCUCUUCAGGUUGAUUUUGCCCUUUCAAGGAAUAGGCAGAAUAUGGGCAGGAGAUAUGUUGAGGUGUUCAGAAGUAAGAGGCAGGAAUAUUACAAGGCAAUAGCAAAUGAAGUUUCUGAUGCUCGUGGCGGUUCCCCUCGCAGAAAUGUUCCAAGGGCCAAAUCUUAUGAUGAAGGGAAGGACUCAGCAGAACAUACAGGGGUAUUGCGGUUGAGGGGAUUGCCAUUUUCCGCUGGCAAGGAUGACAUAAUGGAUUUUUUUAAGGACUUUGUGUUGUCAGAGAGCUCAAUUCAUUUUACAAUGAAUUCAGAAGGCAGGCCAACUGGGGAAGGGUUUGUAGAGUUUGCAAGUGCAGAAGAUUCCAAGGCAGCUAUGGCUAAGGAUAGGAUGACACUUGGAAGUCGAUAUAUAGAGUUGUUCCCUUCAUCACACGAGGAGUUGGAUGAAGCAGUUUCAAGAGGACGGUGAUCCUUAUAGAUCUUUGUUAUCAUUUGCCAUUAUGUACUUGUUAUAAUCUUUUAUUUCACUGUUUGGAAUUUUGCUUGCAGACAUUCAGUUAGAUUUUCUAGUUGUUGGUUUGGGAGUAGUUUUGCAUGCUAGUUUUGUCCGUUAAUUAAGGUUCUCUGUUGCCUUAACUUUAUAUCGCUCGACACAUGUUGGGUCAAUACAUAGGUCCCUGAAAUUGAUGACA